AUGGCGGCGAAUACAGUGACAUUCAGGCUGGUCAGAGAUGAGGAAGUAUAUGAAGAUUUUGAAGUGGAAAAACCGGCUGCAAUGGAAUCGCAGGUCGUAAAGAAUUUUAUAGAGAAAGACACAGGAAUGGAGCCUCUAAGGUUUCCUAUUCCUUAUCAUAACAUUAAAAGCGGCAAAGUGCUGGAGAUGGUAUUAGACUACUGUAAAUUCCAUGCUCAUGCAAGAUCCUUCACUAUACCAGAUGACGAUGUGAAGAUAUGGGAUAAUGAAUUCGCUGAAAAAGCUCUUUCUGCGGAUAAAAAUCAGGCAGGGGCAGAUUUUUUAAAUCACAAAAGUGUGGAAGAAUUGCGCCUGAUAUUUAAGAUAGAGAAUGAUUUUAGUGAACAGGAAGAGGAGGCAAUCAUGCAAGAGACGAAGUGGACCUACGCAUAA